UUCAGAAAGCCCAUGAUACUGCCUUAGUAAUGUGGUCUUUUAUAUUGUGCAUGAUAAUGCGUUCUACAUUUCAUUUGGUGUGGCUGUUGAAUGGUUUAGUUGUGAUAUCAGAUGCCCAGACAGUGAAUCUUGGAGUCUGUUCAAAUGAAGGCGAACCUCUACAAUGCUGUCGUAAUUACAAACUACGUGGUGAUUCAUGUGAAGAAUGUUGGCCAGGCACCUUUGGCAUAGACUGUAAGGAGGACUGUCCUGACGGGUUCUAUGGACGUUUAUGUGCAGAAGUCUGUAAUUGUUCUUCAUGUGACAAGGUCUCUGGGUGUCAUUCUUCAACUGAGACUGAUAAGGAUAUCAAUUUUAUUUCAGAGAAUUCCAAUAAUGAAAGCGUUAUCAUUGGUUCAUCAUUGGCAGGAAGUCUUACUUUCAUAAUAGUUAUCGUCAUUUACUGCAAAAAGAGCAGAAACAGAACCUUAAUGACUCCAGAUUCAUUGAUUCAAAAAGGCGGAUUACAAGUCAGUACGAUACCAUUGAAUAGAUUUCCUCAACUCUGUCCAUCGUCCAGUAACGCAGCUGAUAAUGGUGAUCCAGAAUCAACAUUUCACGGCGGGAAGUUUGAACCGUUAGAACCUCAAAUGUGUUGUCAGCAAAAUGAUUUUACCGAUAAUUCGAUAAAUUCAAAAGAGACUAGUCAUGUUAAGCUGUCGUCUUCAGACAGUGUAUACAGUCAUAUGAAGAUGGAAGUCGAUCAUUACCACAAAUUAGAUAUGUCAUUCGACAAUAGUCAGGAAACUGAUGAAGACCUCUACUCUCCACACAGUUCAAACAGUUGUUGCAAUAAUACAGACUCGGGGUGUUCAUCGAAAAACAACGAAAAUGGAUCUUUAUCAUCCGUAAAGCAGUGCAGCGAGACUCUAAACAAAACUUCACAAACAGCAGAUAUAUUUGAAACCCAUGACAUCCGAGAAACAGGAAAUUUUAAAACUGGUAUGACGAAGAAAAAUGGAAUUUCAUCAGUAAAGAUGAAGAUAGAAGCAAUGCACUUAGAAGAAUUGUCAAGAAAACUGCGUAACUUUAAACAGUACCCUGAAGAAAUCGAAUUCAAUGAUUUGGUGUAGUUUAAAGUUGCAUUCAUUUGCAAAGAACCUCAUACAAACAGAAAAAUACUAAAAAAAAACCAGAUGAACCUUAUCCGGACAAAUACUGAGCUGCUGAUGAACAUCAUACAGAAAAUACUGAAAUAUCGAGAUAUUGACGAACAUUUUACAAAAAAAUACUGAGAUACCGUCUUUUGUCCUUCCACGGAGAUUGCAGACAUCAAGAAAUUAAGAUAUUGAAAGAUUCCAAUUUAGAAUUUUGAAUUAGCAAUGACAAAAUUUCACAUUUUAAAAUGGUUUGAUUUAUAUUGGAUCAUUGCAUAAAGCGCUGUUUUCGUAUGUAUGCAGCUAGGGACACCUGGCGCGCUGGAUUUAUGGGUUAUGCGUUCGUGAAUAUACUACAUAGUUUUACAUUUCUCCGUAUAUUUCCUAUUUAUCUACAUCGCAAACAUAUUGUUUUUCUUUUAUUUCACAAUAACACUAAUAAUAUUAUAUUCCCCGACACGUCACUGCGAAUCAAAGAUGAAGUAAAGCACAAACUUGCAAAGCAAAAUUCCUAUUUAACUGCCAGUCCUAAGGUGCCGGGUGCAAUGAUUAUGUCAAGAUAGCGGCUUCCACAGUUCAAAAGAACGGUGUUGUAUCAGUUCAGAGUUUUACUUUUACCGAUCGUUUUGGUUCAGUGGUCAAAUCGUUCGCAUCGUGAAGAAAAUCAGUGAUUAAUCGCUUGUAUUCACCAAAGGUGACUUUAGAAGUGAGAGUCAUGGAUCUUUAAAUGAGACUUUACAAACCGAGGUACCAUGUUUCGCUUGGCGUUGACAAAAUAAAAUCAACCAAUGCUAGUGGUCUGAGCACCAUGUGUAGGUCUAAAUUUGUGACACUUCAUUUGCAGCUGAUGGCAUCCCAAUUCUAGGGGAAAAUACAAAGAAACGAACAUUUAAAAAGCAUAUUUCUUUUAUUUGUAAACUAACAGGAAACAGAUGUGCAGAUAUAUCUUCACAACACGCUUGUGCUAUUAGUAUAUAUUUUCAAAUUGCAUUGCUUGACAUUCUUACGUUUCCUGAAAAUUGUUUAUACUUUCCAGUUUUUAUUCAUAGCACAACAAUACAAAAAUUAGUCUGGAAAUAAAGUUCACAGUUACAGAAAUGAU